AGGUGGCUGGGAGGAGAAAGGGGAGCACGGUGCUGCAUGGGGGCUCUGCUCCCCACCCCUGGCACAGGCAUCCAGAACCCCGGAUUUAAUCUGGAUCUGAGGCCAUGGAAGAGCCCAGGGAGGCUGGAAUUUUCCCGGGUCAUCCCAUGGAGCUUUCGGCUGUCUCUUGGGGCAGAGCUGGUGACAAGGACACCCAUGUGUCCCGCAGGGAAGGAGUUCUGGGUGCCAGGAUGGUUUCCUGAGGAGGCUGAAGCAGGGGAGCUGCCGGAUGACACCGGGAGCUGCCGGUGGGUGAGGGACCCCCCGGUCUCCGCAUGGAUGGGAAUGGGGAGACCUGCUGGCAGUAGGAGCCCAGGACAGCUGGAAAACCCCGGCCUCUUCCUCCGCACGCUCCUCCUCCUCCUCCUCUGCAGGCAUGUCUCCUCCCAGUGCAAGAUCCUGCGCUGCAACUCGGAGUACGUUGCGGCGACGCUGCCCCUGCGCGGCCCCGGCCGGGGCGCCGCGUUCUGCACCGCGCUCCGCUCCUACUCCCGCUGCACCCGCCGCACCGCCCGCACGUGCCGCGGCGACCUGGCCUUCCACUCGGCCGUGCACGGCAUCGAGGACCUCAUGAUCCAGAACAACUGCUCCAAGGAAGGGCCCACGGCGCCGCCCCGGCCCCCCCCCGCCCCCGAGCGCCAGGGCCUCGAGUCGCUCGACGUCUGCGACUACGAGCGCAGCUUCCUCUACAAGCACGGCCGCCCGCCCGCCUUCCAGCACUGCGCCGCCUUCGGGGACCCCCACAUCCGCACCUUCCACCACGACUUCCACACGUGCCGGGUGGAGGGCUCCUGGCCGCUCCUGGACAACGACUACCUGUUCGUGCAGGCCACCAGCUCGCCGGUGGCCAAGGGGUCCAACGCGACGGUCACCAGCAAGCUCACCAUCAUCUUCAAGAACAUGAAGGAAUGCAUCGACCAGAAGGUCUACCAGGCCGAGCUGGACAACGUCCCGGCGGCCUUCCAGGACGGCUCGGUGAACGGGGGCGCGCGCCGGCCGGGCGGGAGCAGCCUGGCCAUCCGCGAGCGCGCGCCCGGGCGGCACGUGGAGAUCCGCGCCGCCUACAUCGGCACCACCAUCGCCGUGCGCCAGGCCGGCCGCCAGCUCUCCUUCUCCAUCCGCGCCGCCGAGGAGGUGGCCCGGGCCUUCACGGAGGAGCAGGACCUGCAGCUGUGCGUGGGCGGCUGCCCCCGCAGCCAGCGCCUGUCCCGCAGCCCCCGCGGGCGCGGGCGCGUGCCGGCCGACACGGCGCGGGCGCUGUGCCGGGAGAUGCUGCCCGUGGAGGACGUCUACUUCCAGUCGUGCGUCUUCGACGUGGUGACCUCGGGCGACGCCAACUUCACCAUGGCGGCCCGCGGCGCGCUGGAGGACGCCCAGCUCUUCCUGCCCGCCGAGAAGCUCCACAUCUUCCAGGCCGGGGCGAGCUGCCCGCGCGUGUCCUCGUCCCCCCCCCUCCUCCUCCUCCUCCUCAGCUCUGCUCUUUGGGUGGUUUUGUUGCACUUUUAACCCCCGCCCCGCUCCGUGUGGGACCCGGGAGAGCGGCUGGCUCCGGAUCUGUGGCUGCGACCGGGAAAGACGCCUCACCUUGGAUCGGGGGUCUCCGCAGCCGAAAGGAAUUGG